AUGACUAUGUUUAGAUUCAAAGUGAGCAACAUAUGGAGCAUGACUUCCCAUAACUUCGAAAAUAUGCCGAUUAAUGACCCUUUUAAAAUGAGAAGCCUCAAUGAACCUACAUUAUUUCAUGCGAACGCGAACGAUUCGAUCAGGCGUCAAAUAUUUAAAUAUGGCAUCCUGAUGGAAGAGCUUAGCGAAUUCAAGCUGAAUACCAGUAUCACCCGAUAUUGCGUAAGUCGCGGCAAAGCAACAGCACCGGAGGAACAACAUUUCGUGUGCGGCGAAUGUGGCAAGGGGUAUAAAUGGAUGGAUAAUCUACGGCGGCAUCAGAGAUUGGAGUGCGAUAACACGGAACUAUGCGAUUGGUUAAUCGAGCCCUUGUUAACACAAGAGUUUGACGAGGAUAUCGCACAAAGCUGCUUCGAAUUCGUGACCACCAAAUACGAAUUUCCAGAAUCCCCAGAAAGCAUGGAACAUCGUCGAAAGAAGCAACUGAAGAUUACUACGCUCGUCUGCGAGGAAUGCGGAAAAAAUUUCUCGAGGCUCGACAGCCUUAAAAGACACGAAAAGUUAUACUGUAAAGUGAAAAGCAAGCCUACAUCCUGUCCUGUUUGCGGCAAGAAAUUCGAAAAGCCUCUUUCUUUACACAAUCACAUAAAGAGUGCUCAUCCAUCAUUAGUCGUCAAAAAGGAAGAACCGGAAUAA